AUGGACAACUCUGGCCAGGGAUCACUUACAUACUUAACAAACCAUCUACUUUUCAUGGAUAACUUAAAAAUAUUCUCAAAGAAAGAAGAUACGUUGAUAAAAAUGAUGAAUGAUGUUAAUCUUUUCUUCGAGACUGCUGGACUAGAGAAAAAUGUGGAAAAGUCAGCUACUUACGUGCAGUGCUUGGCUUCCGAGGCAAAACUACUUGAUGGACUUGAUAGCUACCGAUACCUGGGAGUGCUCGAAGAUAAAAUGAGUAACAUACUGAAAAGCGAUGUGCUAAAAUCAAUCUUUGAUGAGAUGAAGAAAAGAAUUAACAAUCUGACCACUACAAAACUUAACUCAGGGAAUCUAUUCAAAUCCAUCAAUGAACAUGCAUUGUCUCUUUAUAAUUAUUAUAUUGGACUUAUUGAUAUCGACCCAACCGAAUUUGAGGUUAUUGAUAAGAAAAUCAGAGGAAUUCUAAUACAGAAUAAGAUUCACCUGAAGCCGGCGAACAAAGAAAGAUUAUACCUACCCAGGAAUCGUCUUGGAAGAGGACUCGUAUCUAUAACUCAAAAAAGCGAACAAAUGCUCCUCCAAUUUUUCGGAGACCUUGAAAAGAAGUCUCAUUACUGUUUGAGAAGAGCGGGAAUUCUGCGGGUCAUGAAGUCAAAGAAAACACAUAUGGCCACAAUCGUAAAUAUUUAUCACUCGAAAAUACAAAAUUGGAGACCAUGGAAGUCUCAAUGUGAAGGCACUGCAAGGAUUACAGAAUGA